CAACGCUGCUGCUCCACCUCGAAUAGCAUCUAGCUACAACGACGGCGGGAAGUUGUAUCAUCUAAGUUACUUAACUCCAAAUCAGCGACAAUCAAACGGACGAAAUCGUUACGGAUCAACAGUUCGGGAUAUUAUAUUGAUGGGUCUAUAAUCGGAAAUACGCUAACUGUACAGUAAGCUUAGCGGCGUGGGAUUCAGCUAACAUGGCUAACGUCGGGAACCAGCUACCAACACAGGCCGUUAGCAAGCCUGCACCAAAACAUGGCAAUGUAUUGCCCCUGUGGGGCAACGAAAAGACCAUGAACCUCAAUCCAAUGAUUCUAACAAAUGUACUAUCUUCGCCGUAUUUCAAAGUCCAGCUUUAUGAACUUAAGACCUACCACGAAGUUGUGGACGAAAUCUACUUCAAGGUGACCCAUGCAGAGCCCUGGGAAAAAGGCAGCAGAAAGACGGCGGGGCAGACUGGAAUGUGCGGAGGGGUGCGUGGAGUCGGGACCGGUGGUAUUGUGUCCACUGCUUUCUGUCUUCUAUACAAACUGUUUACUCUCAAGUUGACUCGCAAACAGCUGAUGGGUCUGAUCACUCAUACAGACUCUCCAUACAUCAGAGCACUUGGAUUCAUGUACAUACGAUACACUCAGCCCCCAGCAGAUUUAAUAGAUUGGUACGACGGUUUCCUGGAUGAUGAGGAGGAGCUUGACGUCAAGGCGGGAGGCGGCUGUGUCAUGACCGUUGGGGAGAUGCUGCGCUCCUUCUUGACCAAACUGGAGUGGUUCUCCACUCUGUUCCCCCGCAUCCCAGUGCCUGUGCAGAAGCUGAUUGACCAGCAGAUGAAGGCCAGGCCUCGUAAAGUUGUCCAGAAGGAGGCGCAGGAGGAGGAAGUCGCUGAGGCUGAAGUAGAGGCGGGGAGGCCCGGGGAGCGACGCCGCUCCAGGACACCCAGGCGGACGCCGAGCCCCCGACGGUCCCCCAAGCGGUCAAGGAGCCGGAGCCACCAGCGGGAGAAAGAACGCCACGGCCCAAGCUUCGACCGAGAGCUGGACAGGGAGCGUGACCGCCAGAAAAAGGAGAGGGGGGACAGGGACCGCGAUAGAGGGGACCGAGGGGAGAGGGUGGAGAGGGGGGACAGGGAGAGGCGACGGUCGCGCAGCGCAGACAAGAACCAGGAGCGCAGGGAGCGUCGAAGAAGUCUCAGUGGCAGUCGGGACCGAAGAAAUGAACGCAGGGACAAGGAGAGAGACGCAGUGGAGGACAAGAGCAGCAGCAGGAGGAAGGACAGGGAACACCACAAAGAUAGAGGUGCAGAGAGGGAGAGGUCCAAGGACAAAAAGAGCAGGGGGGACAGCGACGACAAGAGGCACAAAGACGACAGGGAGAGGCACAGAGAAGAGAGGAAGGCCAAAAGGUCGAGUCGGAGUCGAAGCAAGGAGAGGAAGCACAAAGGUGGGGGAGAAGAGAAGAGCAGGAAAAAAGAGCUCAGCCACAGCAAAGAUAAGGACAAGGAGAGAGACGGAGAGCAGCGUUCUCACAAACGUAGUCGUAGCAAAGAGCGGAGCCACCAUCAGCGAGAGUCCAGCAAUGAUCACGGUAAACACAGGAGUCAGAGCACUGAGUAGAUGUCGGCCCCAGCAAUAUUACUUCUCCUACUCGGGUGUUUUGUUUUUUUCUUUUUCUACCCACUUGUCUGUCACUUGUGCUUCAGAGAAGGAAUGUCAGAACAUUGGACUUCUGCAGUUGUCGUCUUUGGCCAAUGUGAUGUCGCUUUACCUUUUUUUAUGUUUUGUUUUUUUGCUAUUUUCAAUCCCAUUCAGAGCAGUUGUUCUUCGCAGGUUGAAAAGUGGCAAAUACUGUAUUUUAAUUUUCUAUGAAGUGCCCGUUGGCCCCGUGGAGAAGUGGGUUUGUACAUAUUGUUUUGGAGGCUGUCUACACACGCUCGAAGGUCUGAGUUUCCUUUCUAGCUGGGCCGCUGUCAUAGCGUCAUAUCAUUUAGAUAAUGUGUAAAGAGGUAUUUUUCGGAAGGUACAAAAGCCAGAACAUAUUUUUAAAUUUGACUAUUACAGUGCAUAUAUUUGGAAAUCCUGCAUAUUUAAACAUCUUGUUGAGUUGUAUUCUGAUUGAAUGUAUAAAUUGGAGCGUAGCAGCAAUGUGGAACAACAAUGGCUCAGCAAGAAGCAAGUCUGUCCUCUGGGUGUGUAGACAGCACGAGAAUGUUUUAAUCCUCGAAUGAGCAGUCUGCAAAGGGUAAUUUUUUUACAACAUACACACACUGAACCUGCCUGUUCUGUGUUUGGGUUAUUGCUCUGUUGCAUUUUGUUUUCUAAUAAAAAAACUUUUACAAACAA